CAGCGCAAAGCAUUGUUGUAAAAUGAGUUUUUUGUGCUGUGCUGACGAACCGCUGCCUGCUGUCAACAUGAAAUAGCAAGCUACCUGCCUCCUGGUUCACAUUUUACUUUCUGUCUCUCGGCGUUAUGGGGCGUGGCUAUAUAGUAGAAGAUUCUGUGGAAGGAUAUCUGUCCAAACUAUGUGAACAAACGCAGGUCCAGUCACAGGCUGCUGAUUGGACAGAGCUCCACCCAAAGGGAUUUUGUCGUCGCGGCAGCUCGGACGCCUCAGAGGGAGGGGUCUACUUCAGCAGCUGGUAACUCUCGGACAAGGAGUUUGUGACUGAGCAUGCUCGACAGCUGUCUAGGAUGCUGCCUGGAGGACUGUCUGUAUUGGGAGUCUUCAUCAUUGCUGAUACUGAUGCCAAGGACACACUAACCACACUCCGUCAGCUGGUUUUUGCAGUGGAGAACCUGAUCUCCUCAGAGCAUCUGUGGAUCCCUGCAGAUGACGACGCCACAGACUGCGUCGCACUGCACGUCAACCCCAAAACCAGGAAAACUGUCUGCAGAACCUUUGACAUCAAAGAUCCCAAGAGCAUGGCCAAGCCUGCUGACUGGAAGUACCAGUCAGGUGUGUCUUCCUCCUGGAGCGUGGUGUCAUGCUGUUUAAAUGUGGACUUGUUGGUACCACUACCAGACAACGGAACCAAUACAGAAAGCAUGGAUAAAUGUCUUAAGGAGGGACUAAGAGUGUGGGCGCACCAGAUUCAAAGUGGAGUUUGUUUGAUCGACGGGAAAAAGCUGCCGGAGGACGCAGAGCUCUCAGCCGGACAGAGGAGGAAUGUGAGACAGUCGUACACAGCUCAGCUGCUCAUCACUCCGGACGACCAGAGGUCAACAGAUGUGGUCCGGCAGUGUGGAGGCAGCGUGUCAGUCAGAGACGCGAUCCACAGCAGAGCUUACAUUCACAGCAACAAACCAAAGGCCAAACUGGCCGAGAAGCUGCUGAAGAGGGAUGUGGUUUCUACGGUGGCCACAAGGGUUCAGAUGCUGUUGGAGGAGCUGCAGAUAUCGGAGGAGGAGAGCAAGGGCAGCAGCAGAAACAAGCAACAGACAGAGCAAUUCUCUCUCCCUCGUCGUAUCUUCUGUCCGCUAAAAGCGAGCGGGCCAGUCUGUGUGUGUGACUACCAGUUCAGUGACGAAGGCCUGUCCGAGGUGACCGACAGGCUGAAGGAGAUGUUGGACAUUGACGCAGCCGAGGAAGACUUGGAUACCAGGCAGGAAACGCCUGCUGAAAUUAUAGAGAGAGAUGUUGCAGCAGAGCCCAUUGUGGGAACUGUUGAAGCGCGGGAGCCCAAGAGGAACAGCUACAUUGGUGUUGCAAUGGCCGCUGCUGUCGCCAUGCUUGCCACUGCUGCCUCGAUGCUGUAUCUCAGUGACGUUUAACACACACACACACACACACACACACACACACACACACACACACACACACACACACCAAAUAAAGUGUUUGUGCCAUUUCUA